AUGCGCUUACUAGCACUUUGUGUCUUAUUUUACCUUGUUGGAGUAAUCCGAGCUGUACCUACCAAUACAACAAAUACUACUACGAGCGACAAUUUUGAAGCCCCAACAUUCACGACUAGAACCAUAUGGUCCAUCAUCUCCACCUCCGUUCUCACUCUAUUUGCAUGCAUAUACACUGCCAUUCAUCCUAACAUUCCAAGUCCCAAGGACAGCCCCCUUCGCAUCCUAUGGCGGCGAUUUGGGAUCAUGAUAAUGGCACUCAUCGUCCCUGAACUUAUCGUCACAUGGGCUAUGCGUCAAUGGUGCAGUGCUCGCGAUGUUACAAGACAGUUCAAGGAGUCGGGAUAUUAUACGUGGACUCAGACGCACAGCUUCUUUGUGCUGAUGGGUGGUUUCAUGCUUUAUGUGGACGGGCAACCCUACCGUACACUAGAGCCUAAUCACAUUCUCAAACUGAUACAUGAAGAGUGUAUAGAUGUUCCUAUCCUAACGGCAAAGCGGAUCCAUGACAAAAGCAAAGGCAAUGCGAUAUCGAAAGGAUUGGUCUUGCUUCAGGUGGCCUGGUUUAUUAUGCAGCUCAUCACCCGCGCCAUCUAUCACCUCGAAACCACCCAGCUGGAAGUGGGGACACUCGCUUUUGCGGUCCUCAAUUUCCUCACCUAUGCUGUGUGGUGGAAUAAGCCUCUCGAUGUGCAAUGUCCGUAUCCAGUGUACUGGAAGUCGACCGGGUCAAGGCCAGGGAAUCAUAUUGCUAAGUAUGUAUGCACCUCAACCAUUAUACCGCUGCUGAUUAUGUCUGCCUUAGUGUCACUGAAGGAAGCCAACUCGUUGAAUUGUGGAUCCUGA